AUGAACAGGUCAUCUGGUCAGAUGGAUCAGCUAGAUGUUGUGGAAUUAUCUUCAGGUUCGGAAGAAUCUAGCUACUCAUCCUAAGAUAUUGUAAAAAUGGAAAAAGUAAAUGAUGAAGCAACUGUUUCGUUUGACGAUAAGAAGAAUCGAAAAAAAGUUUUAAAGCGCACCAGUCGUCAGUUGCACGCCCAAAGAGUUGAAAGAAAUGAAGAAAAGCGGAAAGGUAUGGUAUUACCGGAUCCAAUAAAAGAUCGAGAAAGAGAACGCAACCUUGUUCGCCUUGCAACAAAAGGAGUAGUGCAAUUGUUCGAUGCAGUAACUGAAAGACAAAUCAAGUUGCGGGUUACUGGGGCACCUAGUUUGAGUAAAAAGCGUCGUUUACGUGGUGUUUCACCAGAAAGUUUUAAGCGAAGACUGGCUGAGUCUGUCAAGGAUAAAUGGCAUGGUUCAGGAGAUGAAAUGUCGCAAAAUGGAUUCAAAAAAGAAUCUGAUGCAAACAGUGACUUAGAUACUUCUGAAAUAAAGACAGAACCAGAAAGUGAAAGUGAGUGA